CAACAAACAAUAGAUGAGUGCUUUAGACUAGUAUAGUUAUGGUUAAUGGUCUGUUUUUACUUUCAGCAUCACUUUUAAAAGACGUGACUCAUCAGCAGACAACAAACAACAUUUGAUUCCUUUAGACCAGUACUUUAGCAGUGAACCACCCCCGACCUUAGAGGAAAUCCGAUGUUGGGGAAAAUCUUUCGACAAACUAAUGAAGUGUUCAGCUGGUCGUAAAGUGUUUAAGGACUUUUUAAAAUGUGAAUACAGUGAAGAAAAUAUACUCUUUUGGCUGGCCUGUGAAGAUCUGAAAAGGGAGUCCAAUCCUGAAGUAGUAGAAGAGAAAGCAAGAUUGAUAUAUGAAGAUUUUAUAUCUAUUCUUUCUCCAAAAGAGGUGAGCCUGGAUUCACGAGUUCGAGAAAUUAUCAACAACAAGAUGGUGGAACCUACGUCUCACACCUUUGACGAAGCUCAACUUCAGAUUUACACCCUCAUGCACAGAGAUUCCUACCCUCGCUUUGUCAACUCCCAAAUGUACAGAAAACUUGCACAAUUACCCGUACCUAAUCGGAAAGGAAGCAUUGCAUAGAAAUCGCGGUUAUAUUCAGAGGUUAAAGGAACGGUCCAGAACGUCGUUCUGCCUCUUGAGGGUUCAAGCCAUUAGCGUUCCUGGUCUUCUGAUUAGAUUUUCAUUUAUUUUUUAGGAUCUCUGUCUAUACAAGCGUGUGUAUGAGACAAGUGAUUAAAGUGCACUCUGGUGUUCUCUCUUGGUCUGCUCGAUCAAGAUUAGUUUUGGCUUCAAUUAAUUAAGCGCAUUUGUGAUUCGUUUACUAUGUUUUUUCUUCAUUGAAAACUUGACCAACAUUUUUCAGCUCAACUAUCUUUAAGUAAGGAUUGUUAUUUUGUGACAAACAGUCUCUAUGGAUUCUAUAUAUAUAUACAAAUAUGGACCAGUAUGAGACUGUCCUAGUACCUGAAGACAUAUUUCUAAAAAAAUUAAACACAAUCUCAGACUGACGUCUCAUCUAAUCAUUAUACUAAUGAAGCCAAAGUGCUGGAUUAUAUUACAGUCGUAAUCAUUAUUUUUAGUGUUCCUUUAUAUAAUAAUCUUUAUGAAGAAAUUGCUGUUUUAUGUAAAAUUACUGACUUUUUCCACUUAGAUGCAGUUUUUAUUUAUUUAUCACCAAUAUUGAUUUCUAUAUCUUGUUGUAGAUUAGAUUGUAAAGUGUAAAUCGUUUUUACGAUUCUUGUUGCGACAUUAUUUAACGUAAUAAUGUAAUAUAUACUAUAACAGUUCCUCUUACCAAUAAUAAUUACAUCCACCA